AUGGAAGAUCACGCCUCCAAAUCCGUAGCAAUUACAGCCCUCACACUCCUCACUCUAAUCUACUCCGCCGCCGCGGCCGGCGGCGGCAGCACACAGUUCAUCCGGAGGUCGUGCUCCGCCACCACCUACCCGGCCCUCUGCUACUCCACCCUCUCCAGCCACGCCAGCGCCGUACAGCAAAGCCCCCAACUCCUGGCCCACGCGGCACUCUCCGUCAGCCUCGACACGGCCCGGGCCACGUCCGCCGACAUGGUCAGGAUCUCCCGACGGGCCGGGCUGACGGCCCGAGAGUCCGGGGCCAUGGCGGACUGCGUGGAGUUGCUGGGGGACACCGUGGACCAGAUCCGGAAGUCCCUGGCGGAGAUGAACGGGUUCAGGGGCGGGCCGGGCUUUGAGGCCAUGGUGAGCGACGUGCAGACGUGGGUGAGCGCCGCCUUGACCAACGAGGAGACGUGCACGGACGGGUUCGCCGGGGCGUCCAUGAACGGCGCCGUCAAGGAGGCGGUUCGGGAGCGGAUCGUGAAUGCGGCCCAUGUGACGAGCAACGCGUUGGCUCUCAUCAAUAGCUACGCGGCCGUUCAUGGUUAA